GAUCUCGGCUUGGGGCGAGGGGUGUGCUUUGGAACGGUGUGGGGGAGGAGAAUGAGGAGUGAGGGAUGGGACGGGCGGAGGCACGAGUGGAAGGUACGUGAAGAGUUACUAGAAACCGUGCUUCUGUGGGCGAGUUGGGGGUCGGGGAGGUGAAGGGUGGUCUCAGAGCCUCAGCGCCCCGAGGUCGUGGAGCGGCGGCAGCAGCGGCCAGAGCAGCAGCAGCAACAGCGAGAGGGACGGAGUUAGGACCGCUCGGAGCGCCCAGGUCUCGAGGGUGUUGGUGCCAGAAGAAAAGAAUGAUUGAUGGGAAACAGACACCGGGCUAUAGACACUCCUCCUUAUGCUUCGGAUACUGAUAUCCCAGCGCAUCUGAGCAUCCUUUGUGAGCUGUGAACAUCGAGGAUCACCCAGGGUUAUUGGAUGUACAGCAGGAGAACCAUCACUUUGCGAAAUCAUUAUCUGCUACGGGACAUCUUGUACAACAAUCAAACGAGACCCAAGUCUAAUAGAUAUGUUCUAGAACAACGAAAAAGCAGCAAGCUGUUGUUAACGCCUAACGCAGAAGUAUGCUAGGCUUCCACCAAAGUCCUCAAUAUACCUGAACACACCCAAUAUCUUAACCCUUCACUUUUAGUUUUGGAAUCUACUCUGCGAUCUCAUCCUCUUUUUUUUUAAAUAUACAGACCUACCUACAUAUAGACAUAUAUGUAUAUGUAAAAUAGACAUAGAUCACUGAUAAGCAAACCCGGCUUAGUUACCAGGAAGAUUGCCAAGAAUUUAGAGAUGUAUUUGUCAAGAUUCCUGUCAAUCCAUGCCCUUUGGGUUACAGUGUCCUCAGUGAUGCAGCCCUACCCUUUGGUGUGGGGACAUUAUGACGUGUGUAAGACUCAGAUUUACACAGAAGAAGGGAAAGUUUGGGAUUACAUGGCCUGUCAGCCGGAAUCCACGGACAUGACAAAAUACCUGAAAGUGAAACUGGAUCCUCCGGACAUUACCUGUGGAGACCCUCCUGAGACAUUCUGUGCGAUGGGCAACCCCUACAUGUGCAAUAAUGAGUGUGAUGCAAGUACCCCUGAGCUGGCGCAUCCCCCUGAGCUGAUGUUUGAUUUUGAAGGAAGACAUCCCUCCACAUUUUGGCAGUCUGCUACUUGGAAGGAGUAUCCCAAGCCUCUCCAGGUUAACAUCACUCUGUCUUGGAGCAAAACCAUUGAGCUCACAGACAACAUAGUUAUUACCUUUGAAUCGGGGCGUCCAGACCAAAUGAUCCUGGAGAAAUCUCUUGAUUAUGGACGAACAUGGCAGCCCUAUCAGUACUAUGCCACAGACUGCUUAGAUGCUUUUCACAUGGAUCCUAAAUCCGUGAAGGAUUUAUCACAGCAUACGGUCUUAGAAAUCAUUUGCACUGAAGAGUACUCCACGGGGUAUAUGACAAAUAGCAAAAUAAUCCACUUUGAAAUCAAAGACAGGUUCGCGUUUUUUGCUGGACCGUGGCUACGCAAUAUGGCUUCCCUCUACGGACAGCUGGAUACAACCAAGAAACUCAGAGAUUUCUUUACAGUCACAGACCUGAGGAUUAGGCUUUUGAGACCAGCCGUUGGGGAAAUAUUUGUAGAUGAGCUACACUUGGCACGCUACUUUUAUGCAAUCUCAGACAUAAAAGUGCACGGAAGGUGCAAGUGUAAUCUCCAUGCCACUGUGUGUGUGUAUGACAACAGCAAAUUGACCUGUGAAUGUGAGCACAACACUACAGGUCCAGACUGUGGGAAAUGCAAGAAGAAUUAUCAGGGCCGACCUUGGAGUCCAGGCUCGUAUCUCCCCAUCCCCAAAGGCACUGCAAAUACCUGUAUCCCCAGUAUUUCCAGUAUUGGUAAUCCUCCAAAGUUUAAUAGGAUAUGGCCGAAUAUUUCUUCCCUUGAGGUUUCUAAACCAAAACAAGAGUGUUAUUGUAACCCUUUGGGCUCAGUCCAUGAUCGUUGUAAUGGCUCAGGAUUUUGUGAGUGUAAGACUGGAACGACAGGGCCUAAGUGUGAUGAGUGUCUGCCGGGAAAUUCCUGGCACUACGGCUGUCAACCGAAUGUCUGCGACAACGAGCUCCUGCACUGCCAGAACGGAGGGACGUGCCACAACAACGUGCGCUGCCUGUGCCCGGCCGCAUACACGGGCAUCCUGUGCGAGAAGCUGCGGUGCGAGGAGGCGGGCAGCUGCGGCUCCGACUCGGGCCAGGGGGCGCCCCCGCACGGCUCCCCGGCGCUGCUGCUGCUGACCGCUCUGCUGGGGACAGCCAGCCCCCUGGUGUUGUAGGUGUCGCGUCCAGCCACCAGACGGGCCUGCGCCGGGGGGAAGUCAACACAACCCAAGCAUUUGCUACUAACAUAGGAAACACACACUCAGACACCCCCACUCAAACACAGUACAAUCUAAGAAGGCCUAACUGAACUAAGCCAUAUUUAUCAGCCGUGGACAGCACAUCCGAGUCAAGACUGUUAAUUUCUGACUGCAGAGGAGUUGGCAGCUGUUGCUAUCACCGCAGAUCACAUUGCCAGCUGCGGAGUUUAUUGCCGAUUGGAAAGGCUGUGACAGCCCCCAAACAGGAAAGGCAACAAACGAACCAACCAACCAACCUAAAAACAUUUGCUACUCUCACGUGGUGCGCCCCAGCACCACUCGGCCCAGUGUGUGGACCAACCAAACAGAAGCAUUCUUUGCUGGCAGUGCAUUGUGGGUAUAAGGAAAUCUGUUACGAGCUGCCAUAUUGGCCUGCUUCGGUCCCUGAAUCCCUUCCAACCUGUGCUUUAGUGAACGUUGCUCUGUAACCCUUGUUGGUUGAAAGAGUUCUUUGUCUGAUGUUAGUAAUGCACAUGUGUAACAGCCCCUCCAAAAGCUCAAGCCAGUCAUACCCCGUAUAUCUUAGCAGCACUGAGUCACCCAGUGCGAGCACACACCCACUGUCCAAGAGUGGCUGUAGGAAAAGAGAAAGUGUAUCUAUCCUUUUGUAUUCAAAUGAAGUUAUUUUUCUUGAAAUACUGUAAUAUGUAGAUUUUUUGUAUUCUUGCCAAUUUGUGUUACCAGACAAUCUGUUAAUGUAUCUAAUUUGAUUCAGCAAAGACUGACAUUUUAUUUUGUCCUCUUUAGUUCUGUUUUGUUUCAUUGUGCAGAGGUUUCUCUGUAAGGGCAACGAACGUGCUGGCAUCAAAGAAUAUCAGUUUACAUAUAUAACAAGUGUAAUAAGAUUCCACCAAAGGACAUUCUAAGUGUUUCUUGUUGCUUUAACACUGGAAGAUUUAAAGAAUAAAAAUUCCUGCAUAAACGAUUUCAGGAAUUUGUAUUGCAAUUUCUUAAGAUGAAAGGAGCAGCCACCAAGCCGUUCCGCACUCACUUUACUGAUUUCUAUGUGGACUGAAUACAUUCAGCUGACGAAUUUAGUACCCAGGAAGAUGGAUUGAUGUUCACUAGCUUGGACAACUUCUGCAAAAUAUGAGACUAUUUCCACUUGGGAAAAAUUAUAACAGCAAAAAAUAAUAAUAAUAAUCUAAAUGAUUGCCAAGAUUAUGCCAAAGCCUGUUGGCAGAGCACUAAGAGACUUUUAUUUUUAAGUCAUGCUAUUUUCACAGAUUGAUGUGAUCAUGUGACUCUAGGGAUGCUGAUCUAUGUAUCUUUCCAAAUACAGUGUUUACAUGGAGUAUCAUAAGAGGCAGCGUGGGGAAACCAGGAAAGUCACAGGGAAAUUGAGUGAUUAGCGAUUUGACUUUGAAUACAUUAAGACUAAGUAUUUAGAGGAAAUAUCAAAAUAUACAGCAGCAAGUAGACACAACUGCUGUUCCCGAGAAUAAAGUUUGUUUUAAGUAACGCCCAAGGUGUAAUAAAUCCUUGUUUCUGCCUUUUAUUAGGCCAAUUGCUGUGCAAGACAGCAAGAGGAGGAGGAAGAGGGUGGGGGAGAAUCAGUGCAAAGUUUCAAAGUGGCUAAAACAGCGUGUAUUCCAUUCCCAGCACACUGUUGUCCUACAGGUUACAGAUAUGUGAGCAGCAGCACCUCCUGGAAUCAAAAACAAUUAUCAGCCCAAGCCGGAGUCUUAAGGACAAUCAAGUCCUACAUGACUUGGUAGAGCAAUAACCUAUGACAGCAUUAGGUCGGAAGCCUACUUCUAGUCUGAAUUCUUCACCCCGCCGCCACUCUUUGCUGAAACGGGGGGGAAAUGUCUUCUGAUAAAUAACCUGGGUAAAAACUAGAUGAAGGAACAGCGUGUCUUAUUGGUUUUGUUCCCAGAAAAGCCAAUUCAAAGAAGGCAAUAAAAGGUAAACAGGUAAUGUCUGUGCUGCCUGCCACCCCAUGUCUAAGUCGAUUGAAUGUUUGUUAUUCAAACCAACCAGUCUCUUUUGAUGUAAGAAAUAAGAAAAGAUGGAAAUAAAUUAGAGCUCUGGCUUCGUGCCCAGAGUGGCCAAACAGAAAUUGGAGAUUUACAUUAGAAGCAUAAGCAGCAAAUUAUAUUUCAGGCUCACCAAAGAAUACACACAAAAAUGCCGAUAACAUACAGAGUUUGAGAUUCCUUAUAAUAAGAUGGAUUUCUAAUAUUAAAGUUGGAAUUUAGGUUGUCUUAGAGUUUAUUAGCACAAACCAAAGGCAGACUGUGUUAUUUCUAGCAACGAUGCACUUUAUCAUUAUCCACUCAUGGCUUUGUCACAAUGCUCAGGAAUCAGACUGCACAUUUCAAUAAGUGAGAUUCCAAAAGCUAAUUCCAAAAUUUAAUGAAGGCCUGAUCUAAAUCAGUUCGUCUGCAUUUUAUCUUUAUGAAGCUAUAAGAAUCUAAAUUGUUGAGGAAUAUCUUGCAUUCAGUGUAUUUAGAUAUAGUUUUCUGAAUUUUCUGAAGUGAUGUGAUCUGCUUUUAAUAAAAAUUCACUUUUAGGUAUAUAACAAAUGGAAAUGAAAUGUUUUUUAAUUUGGAUUCUCAAAUUCUUCUUAAGGGUGUAUUCCUUUGAAGAAACCCCAACUCGUGGAUUUUAGUCAUCUGCUGCUUUCCAGCAUUUCUUGCAAAGCUGGUUCCAUCUACAAUACUCUGUCUUAAGAACAGGAUUGGGGUGAAAAGUGGGUACUAAAUUAUUCAUGUACUUAAGGUCCUAAUUCUUGCUCAGUCUCUACUUGGAUUAAAUUAACCCUUAAGGUGGGUUAAUAUCUUUAUGUACAUGAGUUAAUCUAUCAACUUUACCACAAUGUAAAAUAUGAUUCUUUCCAUCACCAUUAAUGGGCAUAAAACUUCAAAGAAAUCUUUGUCCAAAGGUUCAGCUAUGUAGACAGUGUUGGUACUUACAGGAAAGUGAUUAGACUGCCCUGCAGUGAUGUGGGAGUGAUUCAUUUCUGACCCUGUACACAGCCUGGACAGCGAACUUUAGUCCCAACAAAGAGGGGCCCUUGCUUGGAGAGGCCCAUUCUGACCCUCCUCCCACUUUGUUUCAGUAGCCAGGAACCGAGAAUUCCCUCAAUUCCCUCCCCAGAUGUCCUCCAUCCGCUUCUAGGGUGAGUGUGCACCUCUUCUGGGGGUCCAUACUCCUGAAGGCAGGCGGGCAGCAUCGUUAGUGCACAUCCCUGGGCACGAGAGGUGGCAAAGAGUGAAUAUAUGUGGGUAGAUUAGUGACUCUGGCCUGGGAGUGUAAGCUGAGGAAUUCACACACGAGUGAGAAGAGGCUCCUUGCAGUGAAAAACCAGAGCUCAGGGAUGGAAAAGUAGGGGCUAAGGGGUGGGAGAGAAGUAGGCUAGGGCAGCCUCAGAGCCAGGGUCCAGUACAGAACUCUGAGCAGUCUAAGGAUCCUGAAUCUGCACCUGGGUUUCCAAUUGUUAUAAAAAGCGUUUAUGUCAAAGUAGCAGCAUGGAACGUAUUUUAUUUGACGCUAUGUUAGCUUGAUGUAGAACUUUUAAAUAUUUAGACAUAUGGCACGUGGGCUGCCACUGGUACUUUUGACCUGGCCCCUGCCUGGAGGUGAACACUGCAUGAGGUGCCCUGAGUCAAAUCACCUUUGGCAGAAAUCACUCACCCAGGUAACAUAAAGAAAGGUAUGGGUUGGGAGAAGGCAUAUGGGCCACAGUUCAACGGUUCCUGUAGUUAAUACCCCACCUCCUCUUUUCUCGGACCUGUGGCCUUACGGGAAUAUAAGAAGUUUUGGGUGGUCUGGAGGCAGCUGCGAGGAAAUCCUUAAAUCAGAUCUUUCGUCCCACUGCCUUCACUCUCCGCCAUCAAUCAUCCAGUAUUACUGGAAUGUAAAGAUCCGUAUUCUGAAAUGGGAUGCUCUGGGCUAUAUGGGAAAUGGGUUGUUGCACUUCACCUGUUGUUAAAUACUAAAUAAAAUACCUGUUUAACAG